GAAGAUGAGGAAGGAAAGUAGAGGAAGAAAAAAUGGGUGCUACUCAAUCUCAGGAACAACCACAAUCACAAACACGGUUUCAGCUACAGUCACAACACCACCAACAGCAACAACCACCGCGACAUGAAGCUGCUACAAGGGAAUCAUGGUCGUUGUCUCCUGAAGGGAACACAAAAUCCUCCAAGAAUAGCACAAAGAUGGUAAAUAAUGCCACAAAACUCAAUGAGACUCAAUCUUCGAUGCCAGUGAAAGCAUGGAAUUUUGAAGGACAGAUCCCACACAACUAUGAACAUAUACUCAAGGAUGCAGACUCUCCACUUGCUAAUUCUUCCAACUGGGGAAACCUGUUGGAUCAGCUAUAUGCUGGGGUGUUCUUAGCUCACAAAACAAAGAAAUAUUGGGUAGAGAAGAAGUCCAACAGCAACUGUUUCGUGCUGUAUGCAAGAGCACUCUCAAUCACCUGGGCAGAAAAUCAAAACUAUUGGAAAUGGGAACAACAGAAAGUAGAAAAUGGCACUAUGAUAGACUUGGCUAAACUGAAAAUGGUGUGCUGGCUAGAAGUGCAUGGAAAAUUUGACAUUGGAAUGGUUUCACCAGGAAUUUUGUAUCAAGUGUCAUUUAUUGUGAUGGUGAAAGAUUCAGCUGAAGGGUGGGAACUUCCUGUAAAUGUUAGAGUUGUUCUUCCUGGAGGGAGGAAACAACAGCACAGGGAAAAUUUAAUGGAGAAGCCAAGGGAGAGGUGGAUAGAGGUUCCAGUAGGUGACUUUGUUGCCUCUCAAAAAGAUGUUGGUGAGAUGGAGAUUUCUAUGUAUGAAUAUGAUGGUGGCAUGUGGAAAACUGGUCUUGUCAUUCAAGGUGUUGCCAUCAAACCAAAGAAUUAGCAAGCAUUUUCUACUUAACACUUGUUUUUAUUUGCACUUUCUAAAGUGCAGAUAAAAAUUCAGCUUUUACAACUUCAAUUUAGUUUCCUUUUAUAUUUUGCUUUUUAAUCUACUUCUCUUUCUUUUUCUCUCCUA